AUGUGCUAUGUGAUUGUUACUGGCCGCAGUCUACUGUGGUCCCUACUGUCUUUGGUUGCUUUGAUGGCCGUAUUUUCGGCUCUCAUAACACCAAAGUGGAUCGUUGGACCUCCAAAGACUAAAGAUACUCAAAAUGGUACUGAAUUGUAUACACCAACAGCGGGAAUUUUUAAUCGAUGCACAAUGCUCUUCAAUAGAAUGCAUUGUGCUAAUUUCAACAUCGAUGGUCUUGCAACAGAUUCCAAUGUCUUUCCAGGCUGCUGGAAAGCUUCGCUGUUUUUCCUUGCUCUAGGCUUGUCAGUAAUGGCUCUGACAGUGUUUGCAGCUUUGCUUGGAUGCUGUGUUCAGAGUAUUGGUCGCAAAAGUAUUUUUAAUCUCGCCGGAGUUGCGCAGGCUAUUGCUGGAAUUCUUUACUUGAUGGGUAUGAUUUUGUACCCCGCUGGUUGGGGUGCGCCUAGAGUUAGACGUAUAUGUGGUGAUGCUUCGCCUUUUUAUCUGGGAGACUGCACUUUAGGUAGUUGGGCAUUUUAUAGUGCAGCGAUUGGAGUUGCUUUAACAUUCGUUUGUGCAAUUUUAAGUGCACAGGCUGAGAAAUCCACUGCCAGUGACAAGGUUCAGGAUAAAAUGAAUGAAGGCAAAACAUUAAUUUGUCUCGCAUAA